GUGACGUAGGGGGCACGUUACAGUAGAGCACCUGUGCUACACGUGUGAACAGUUUUAUUCCCCACAGGAGCAGCGGUAUGAAGACCAGGCUUCAAGGCUUGGAUUGGAGACUGCACUUGAGGAGGCACAAGAUGAUGCCUUGGAUCUAGCCGGCCCACAUGAGUGAUAUGAAUAACACACUGGACGGAAUACACACUUCUGGAAGCCUCGGAGAGAAAGCAGAGAUUUUUCAGAGUGGCAAGGGUAAUGUGAGUGGCUUUCCCAGCCCAGCCCUCAUCCCUUUGCGAGCUCCUUUACCAGCACCAAAUGCCCAGAAGAUCAGGACUACGCUCUGCAAGGGGAGCAGGAGCAAUAAAGAGGGAGAGGAGUCAUUCUCUUCCCCUGUUCCAAACCCUUUCCCUGAGCUUAUCGCCUCAACCCUUUCCCCCCUUGUCUCUGAAUGUUUAUUGCCAUGGACCAAAAGUAGUGCAACUCAGGUAAUCAAAGUUUAUAGUGAAGAUAAUACCAGCAGAGCAGUAGAGGUUCCCAGCGACAUCACUGCCCGGGACAUAUGCCAGCUGUUUGUCUUGAAGAACCACUGCAUUGAUGACCACAGCUGGACUCUUUUUGAACACCUCUCUCAUCUGGGGAUAGAGAGAAUCAUUGAAGACCAUGAGUCUGUUAUGGAGGUGCUUUCAGGCUGGGGAAUGGACACAGACUGCCGGCUGUAUUUUAGGAAGAAUUAUGCUAAAUAUGAAUUCUUCAGGAAACCCCUGGACUUUUUCCCGGAUCACAUGGUCUCCAUAUCCAGUGAAACCAAUGGGAUGGUGGAUCACUCUCAGCUUAUACAGACCUUUCUCAACUCCAGCACUUGUCCAGAGAUACAUGGACACCUCCAUGCCAAAGAGCAAAGCAGAAAGUCUUGGAAGAAGUUUUAUUUUGUCCUGCGGAGGUCUGGGCUUUAUUUCUCCAAUAAGGGAACGUCCAAGGAACCGAGGCAUCUCCAGUUCAUUGCCGACUUCAGUGACAGUGAUGUCUACACAGUGUUGUCAGCCAAAAAACUACAUGGAGCACCUACAGAUUAUGGUUUCUGUGUCAAGUCCACAAAGUGUAGUUCAGCCCGGGACUUGAAGCUUCUUUGUGCGGAUGAUGAGCAGACCAGGACCUGCUGGAUCACAGCCAUGCGCUUGUUAAAGUAUGGGAUGCAACUGUACCAAAACUUCAUUCAGCCACACCAGAAACAAAAAGCUUCACCAAUGAGAAGCAUCUCAGAGAACUCACUCGUGGCCAUGGACUUCUCUGGCCAAAAGAGCCGGGUGAUUGAGAACCCAUCUGAGGCUUUGUCUGUGGCUGUAGAGGAAGGCCUGUCAUGGAGGAGGAAGAGCUGCCACCGCCUGAGCGGCCAUGGUAGCCCCUCCACAUCACAGAGCUCGGUGUCAAACAUAGUCCUCCACUUGGCUCAGUCCUGGUUCCACGGCAAACUGUCUCGAGAUGAGGCUCAGCGUCUAAUCACUCAGCAGGGGCUUAUCGAUGGAGUAUUUCUUCUGAGAGACAGCCAAAGCAACCCGAAGACGUUUGUUCUGUCGUUGUGCCACAUGCAGAAAAUCAAACACUUUCAGAUCUUACCUGUGGAUGAUGAAGGGGAGUUAUUCUACAGUCUGGACGACGGCCACACGCGGUUCACUGACUUGAUCCAGUUGGUGGAGUUUUACCAGCUAAACCGAGGGGUGUUGCCCUGCAAGCUCAAACACCACUGUGCCCGGAUCACCCUGUGAACAAGGGACCCAAGAGACCCCUGAGGGCCCACAUGCACCUUAACUCCAGGGCCUUUCUGGACAAACACUCCCAGUGUUCCUGUGCCUUGAAGAAGAAAGAUAUACAGACUGAACAGCCCAUGCUAACUGAAACCACUGUUGUCAUCCACUAUCGUCCACCAUCGUUCAAACUAUGCUGCACGGUCCCUCCUUGUGUUUUAUUCCUAACAAAAAGCUGAAUUUGAAAAUAGACUUACAAUACCUGACCACAUGUGCUGAAGAUGAUGUGCAAUCUUGUCUGCUGAACGUUGUUCUUCAGCCCUGUUAAGUGCCCGUGUGUGGCGGUAAAUCCAUUGUGCAAAGUCCAAACAUGACUUCUUGUGCUGUGUAUUGUUGAGCCGAAUGUGUACUGCAAACAGCUCGUGAUUCUGACAUCAUGGCACCAGUGACAGAAAGUAGUUUUUUUUCUUGUUGACAUACAGUAGCUGGAAUUUGAGUUUCACUGAAAACAUUUCAAUCAGAUGUCUUCUGCAGUAUGUAUGCAAUAGUUAAACAUGUCGUCAGUUUUAUUUGAAACCAUAUCAUGUGGGGAAUUUUAGUACUAAACACCUCUGUCCUGUUGUAUCUGAGUAAAACUAAGCUAUCUUACUUACCACUGUCAUUGUAUUUCUAAGUAUUCAGGUUUUGUUUUUUUUUUUGUUAAGAAAAUGAUUGUUGUUUUCUAUUUGAGAGCUACAACAACCUCUCAGGAAGUGUGCAUGCCCUGUUAGCUGGACUGAGACUGCUGUAGAGAGAAAAGGAGAAGUAAUGUACAGGUGGAGGGAAAUGGCACACAACCUCACUCGCCUGCACUGUACAUUUUUAAACGUAUGUGAUUAAAUGAGAUGUUUGUAUGACAUGAAAUUAGUUGUGAGCUUGCUCUAGUGCGAGAGCAGCGAAAUAUAUUUCACCAUUUUUAGAUCUAAGCCAUUAAGAUGGAAAGCAGAAAUAAUGUGUGACUGAUUUUGAUCAUAUCUGAAUUCAGUGUAUAUUGAAAUCUAGGUUUUAUACUUUCCAAAGACUCAUGUAUACAGUUUGCAAAAGCUGGGUUGGUUGUAUUUUGGUGUUAUUGCAACCGCUGCGGAUAUACAGUGUCAGAUAUUGUUUUCAGAAGCCAAUAAUGCAUCAGCUUUCAAAAACAAGGUGUUUUAAAUGAUCUUCUGUUAGUUGUUAUAUCUUUUUUUUCCCCAGCUGGACAACAGUGCAUUGAACAAUGAAUGUCAUGGACUGCAUAGUUUUAUAUAUAAACAAGUCUGUUUGUAA